GCAGUCAAGUUUUCCCUUGUGAAACUAGAAUCAUUUUAUAAGGAUACAAGGAUGGAGGGAAACUACGAUGUCUACAAGUCUCCUUUAAGCACCCGGUAUGCCAGCAGGGAGAUGCAGUUCCUCUUCAGCGAGCGACACAAGUUCUCCACCUGGCGGCAGAUGUGGGUGUGGCUGGCGAAGGCGGAGCGCAGGAUGGGAUUGGAGAUCACCGACUCGCAGAUUGCCGAAAUGGAGCUGCAGAUGAAUAACAUCGAUUUCGAGGCGGCGGAAGCCGAGGAGCGACUCACGCGCCACGACGUGAUGGCCCACCUCCACAUCUUCGCCAGACAAUGUCCAACGGCGGGUUCGGUCAUCCAUUUGGGAGCCACUUCCUCUGCUGUGGGCGACAACACCUAUCUGGUGGUGAUGCGGGAUGCCCUUAAGCUGCUUCGUUUGCGCUUGAUCAAAGUGAUUGGCCAGCUCAGUAAGUUCGCCGAGAACUACAAGGAUCUGCCCACGCUGGGAUUCACCCAUCUGCAGCCGGCCCAACUGACCACAGUGGGCAAGCGGGCCUGCCUGUGGAUCCAGGACCUGCUCAUGGAUGAGCGGUCGCUGUCGCGCUGCCUGGAGGAUCUGUGCUUCCGCGGAGUCAAGGGAGCCACCGGCACGCAGGCCUCCUUCCUGCAGCUCUUCAACGGGGAUGGCGAGAAGGUGAAGCAGCUGGAUCAGUUGUUCACCGAGAUGGCGGGUUUCACUAAGGCCUAUGCGAUAACCGGGCAAACCUACUCCCGGAAGGUGGACGUGGAGAUUGUGGGAGCCCUCUCCGGCCUCGGCUCGACCAUCCACAAGAUGUGCUCCGACGUGCGCAUCCUGGCCUCCCGCAAGGAGCUGGAGGAGCCCUACUCGAGCACCCAGGUUGGCUCCUCUGCCAUGCCGUACAAGAUGAAUCCCCAGCGCUCGGAGCGAUGCUGCUCCCUGGCCCGGCAUCUCAUCACCUUGUACAGCAGUGCCGCCAACACCCACGCCAAUCAGUGGUUGGAGCGGACCCUGGAUGACAACGGUAGCAGGCGGUUGACUCUUUCCGAGGCCUUCCUAUCCGCCGAUGGGGCGCUGCUCAAUCUGCUGAGCCUCUCGCAGGGAUUGGUGGUCUAUCCGAAGGUGAUCGAGCGCCACAUCGGCCAGGAGCUGCCCUUCCUGUCCACGGAGAACAUAAUCAUGGCCAUGGUGAGGGCUGGCGGGGAUCGGCAGGUGUGUCACGAGAGGAUGCGCCUGCUGUCCCAGGAGGCUGGAGCCCAGGUGAAGCAGCAUGGCCAGGACAACGAUCUGGUGGAUCGCGUGCGCCGGGAUCCUUACUUCUCGCCCAUUCUCGAGCAGCUGGAUGGCAUACUGGAUGCCAGGACCUUCACGGGUCGAGCCAGUGACCAGGUGGUGGAGUUCCUGAGGGAUGAAGUGGAACCCUUGCUGGCGCGCUACGCGGAGGACCUGAAGAACCUUCCAGACGUCAAGCUGCACAUUUGA